CUCUUUUUUUGCUUUGUGCCGAUUCCGGCAGCCCGGUUCCCCGAGGGAGAGAGAGAGAGAGUUUCUUUUUGCAUUGUUCUUCUGUAACCACUUUCUCCCACCGCAGUUCUAUUCAAUCGGCUCGAUCUUUUUUUUGGCUUUUUACCGAGCACAAAACGAUUCGUGAUCUUUGAAGGACCUCACAUUUGCAUUGAGAUUACUUGCCGAAUCCAGGACACAGGACAACCAUGGUAUUUGCUAACAAGACAUACGGAGUCGCCACGCCGGCGGACAAGUUCGCACAGUCCAUCAAAAAGAGACCCGUUCUGUACUUUGGGCUGCCUUUUGUGCUCACAGUAGUCGCAGGGUCGUUUGCGCUCUCGGAGCUGACCGCCACGAAAUAUAAUGUCCAUGAUAACCGGACCAAAACUAUGACCAAGGAAGAAGGACUCAAGCUGUCCAAGAACAGGAGAAGACUGGAUCUGAAGGAAGAGUAUUGGAGACUACAGGCACAGGAUAUUGACGACAAUUGGGAGAUCAAGCGGGUUGAUAGCGAACCUGUGCCUGGGGUCACCACCUCGCCCACAAUGGCCUCCUCAUCAAAACCAUCACCAGUAGCAGCACCAUCGUCACCACCAUCAUCAAAAUGAGUAUCACAGGCACUCCAUCUUUUCAGAAGACCCAUCGUUCAGAUAAAGAAAAACCAAUUAUCCAUAA